CGCGACGACGAGAGAAUGAAGUUUGUUGUCAAGUUGGACGUUUUUCUGGAAAGAGAUGACUUUAAUUAAAAAGGCGUUAAAAACCCAUUUUGGGUUCGAUAAGUUCCGAUCCCAGAAGCAGGAGGACGUUGUUAAAGCAGUUGUUAAAGGUGACAGGGAUGUUUUUGUGUGUAUUCCCACCGGGGCAGGGAAGUCCCUCUGCUACCAGCUUCCUGCAGUGUUGGCUAAGGGUAUUACCUUGGUCAUAUCCCCUCUUAUCGCUCUCAUCCAGGACCAAGUGGACCACCUAAGGGACCUGAACAUUCCUGCAUGCUCCAUCAACUCCAAGCUCCCUGCAGGGGAGCGCCGUCUGAUCCUGGCCGAUCUGGAGAGUGAGAGCCCCAGGUUGAAGCUGCUUUACAUCACCCCAGAGAUGGUGGCCUCCCCUGCCUUCCAGCCCUGCCUUACAGGCCUGCUCUCCCGGAGCCUCCUGUCCUACCUGGCUGUGGACGAGGCUCACUGUGUCUCCCAGUGGGGGCAUGACUUCAGACCAGACUACCUCAAACUGGGCGGUCUGCGUGCCAGUCUGCCCGGGGUACCCUGCGUGGCGCUGACGGCCACGGCAACCCAGAAGGUGCAGGAGGACAUAGCAAAGUCCCUGAGGCUGCUAUCACCGCUGUCCUUUGCCACACCUGUGUUUCGCAGUAACCUGCAUUAUGAGGUGGUGUACAGGGAGCUACUGGAGGACCCCUACAAGCACCUGCAUGCCUUCAUCAGAGAGGCCCUGACCCUGGGGGAAGGCCCCAAAGGACAGGGUUGUGGAAGUGUGUAUUGUCGGACCAGAGAAGGCUAUGAGACGGUGGCUUACCAACUGACUAAGCUGGGAGUCCUGGCCAAGCCUUACCAUGCAGGGUUGAAGACAGGAGAUCGCACAGAGGCUCAGACUGAUUGGAUGCAGGGUAAGGUGCUUGUCAUUGUGGCCACUAUCAGCUUUGGCAUGGGGGUUGACAAAUCUAAUGUCAGGUUUGUGGCCCACUGGAACCUUGCCAAGUCACUAGCCAGUUACUACCAGGAAUCUGGGCGUGCGGGGCGAGAUGGGCUGCCCUCUUCCUGCAGGACAUACUACUCCUCCAAGGACAGGGAGCAGUUGAACUUCCUCAUCCGCAAGGAGGUGGCUCGCAAACAGGCAAAGCGUGGCUCCGAGAAAGAUCAGGACAAGGCUUCCAUCACAGACUUCGAGGCCAUGGUGGCAUUCUGUGAGCAAGAGGGCUGCCGCCAUGCCACCAUCUCCAAGUUCUUUGGGGACCAGAAGCCGGACUGUGCGGGGGCCUGUGACUACUGUCGUGACCCCAAGGCUGUGCGGGCCCAGCUGGAGAAGGGGGCUACUUUGUGCACCAAGACUGGAGCAGCUCGGAGCACACAGCCCAGGGGCCCGUUUGGGUUUGACCGUGACCUCUACGCCGGGAGGAGGAAGGGCUACGGCUUUGAGAGGCAUGAUGAGGAGGGCUGGGAGAGUGAUGAUGAUGAUGGCUCCGAGCAUCGGAGGAAGGAGUUUGGAGAUCUCUUCAAAAAACAAAUGAACCUGCGCAAGGUGUCUGAGGGACACAAAGAUUCAUUUAACCCCCCGGAUGAUAACUGCCCACUCAGGGAGGCCAGCAGCCAGAAAAUUCCCAGGCUCACUGUCAAGGCUCGGGAGCACUGUGUGGCCCUGCUACAGGAGGCUAUGAACAACCACCAGGUGGCAGCAGCAGACACACACAGCUCUGACACACUCUCCUUGGCAGUGGAUAUUGAACAUGAGGUCUUCAAGAUCACCAAGUCUUCCAACCUGUACAAAGCAGCCGUCCUGAAGAGAAUAAGUAUCAGAGAUGAAGAAGGAAGGGGCUGCCUCUGCGGGAGGAGGAGGAAGAGGAGAAGGGACCAGCGGCUCUGGGGAAUCCACAGAGAUAAAGACUGAAUCCAAAGACGAAGCAACCUCCUCUUCCUCCUUGACUGAGGAGCAGCGGGGCUUCACCACCGCCUCACAGAUCUACUCACUAAAGCGGAAGAGAAUAGGAGCAGGUCUGAGGGGCUCCUCCAACCCCUUCCAGACUGCCAGUGAGCUGCUGAGGGCCUCUGUGAGGGCUCCACUACAGGUCCAGGGGCCGACAGGGAGCGGGGGCCCUGACUGCCUGGCUGGGUCUGGAGAGUCAGCCGGAGAGGGGGAAGAGGAAGGAGACAAAGACUGGAGAUACAGCACCAACCAUCAGCUCCUCCAUCAGAGCUAAAGCCAGUGCAGUCUCUGCCUUCCUGAACAGUCCCACCAAGACAGGAGGCAAGGCCCUGAGCAAGAAGCAGAAGCUAGCGGAGGCUGCUAAGAACUCCCGCAACAUUACCCAGUACUUUGGGAAGAAACCGAUUGAAAAGAGUCAAGAGGUGGAGAUAAGAACCAAUGAUGUGUCGUCUCAGGCCUUUUCAAUACCACACCAGUCACUCCCCACUCAGGAAAUCACACCUGCUACUGUCUCCAUGGAAACCAUCCCUACGGACACCAUCCCCAUUGAAACUAUCCCUAUGGACACCAUCCCCACAGAAAUCAGCAACUUGGAUGAUGAGGAGGUUAAAGAGGAAGCUAAACUGGACUUGGACUCUAUCAUAGUGCAAAAUGCACAUGAAAACAAGGCUAAAUCGUUGCUAAAACAAAGGCUAUGUGAAGAGAGGGAGGCCCUCCCCCAGCCAAGCGCAGCUGCCCCCUACAGGACAGCAGGAAGAAGGUGACCUUUAACCACAAAGUCCAGGAGACUGUACUGGAGCCAGGGAGCCCAAGCAAAGCCCCCAAGCCUGUGUCUCUGAAGGAGGUGGCUGACAUCGUGGUGCGCUGUCUAGACCACUUCUAUACGCAGGGCAAGUUUGCCACCAAGUGAAAAUGCAGGCCAAGAAUCUGAUAAAGAAGUUCUUCAGCGGUGUGAAGCGCUGUGAGAGUGAAGCAGAUUGGAAGCACCUGACAGGACCACACAGCACUGAGACCUCUGAACACAGAGGGAUGGGAGGAGGCUGGACUAUGAACGGAAAGGUGGAGGAGGAUAACAACCCGGGGGUCUGAUCCCUUCAUCCACUCUCUUUCUCGCUCUCCAACUGAUUCCCUCCCUCACAUCUCUCCCAGGCCAAGAUACUGAGCCGUUACAGAGAUGAUAUGCUGCUAUGCUGUGUCAACUCCAGGCUCAUGCUGUCGUGGCGUGUAGAGCCGCUGUAAUGGCGGCCAUAAAACAUGUACUGUAUAAAGCAUGUCUGCUGGUGCUUAUGGGGAACAAUUAGUCAUCUCUGCUCAACGCCGAACAGAGGUGGCUCUUUGUUUGAUGUUAGCACCAUGUGACUAGGACAUGGAUGCUAUGGUUAUACCAGGCCAAACCCUGCUGCUACCUGGUCUGUCAUUCUGCCUGACUAAAGAGGACAGCCAGCUGGAUGUGUAACAACCACACUCUGUCCUUGAUAGAUUUUAGAGCUGUAAUUUAAUCUAUUUUUCAUUGUUAGUUUGUUAGUUGUUUUCAUGAGAUUCUCAACGAGAACUUUUGUUUAUGCUGAGGAAUCCCAAAAAAUAUGAAUUCGUUUUUUUUCUCUUGUCCUUAUGGUUAUCUGGUACAAAGUUAUCUUGUCUAAAAUGAUCAGAGCUGGCCAGUCUGCCUGGGCUGGUUGGUGACUGGGUGCAUAAUGGGGGAAAACUCCCAACCAUCACAGAAAUGUAUCUAAAAACCCAGCCAUCACACACUAUUGCUCCAUGUGAGACCUGUUUACAAUAAAAUCUCUAACACUGAA